CCUUCUUCCAUCUUCCUUCUCCUGUCUUUUGACUCUCUUCUCUCUCUCUCUUUGGCUUUUCUUAAUCUCUCUCUUUCUAGAGCUUUCAAUUCCUCUCUAAUGGUGGAACCAAAACCCUAGAUCUUCCCAUUUUCAUCUUAUCUGCUUCCACACCCCUCUCUCUCAAAAACUGUGAGAAUGAAGACUUUUCCAAGCUUCUUUCUCUCUGUAACAACUCUCUUCUUCUUCUUCUCCUUCUCUCUUUCCCUUCAAGUUUCUUCACCAUACAAAGAAACCCAUCAGCUCAUAACCUUCAAAAACGUUCUCCCCGACAAGAACCUACUCUCAGACUGGUCUCCCGACAAGAACCCCUGUACCUUCGAAGGCGUCACUUGCAAAGACGACAAGAUUUCCUCAAUCGAUCUCAGUUCCAAGCCACUUAACAUCGGCUUCAGCGCCGUGUCUUCAUCUCUCUUGUCUCUCACCGGAUUAGAGUCUCUGUUCCUCUCAAACACCCACAUCAACGGCUCCAUCUCUAGUCUCAACUGCCCCGCCUCUCUCACCACCUUGGAUCUCUCCAGAAACUCAAUCUCCGGUCCUGUCUCAACCUUGUCGACCCUAAACUCUUGCACUGGUCUGAAAUUUCUCAACGUCUCAUCCAACACACUAGACUUCCCCGGGAAAAUCUCAUCUCCCUUGAAGCUUAGCAACAGCUUGGAAGUUCUUGAUCUCUCCACCAACUCCCUCUCCGGUGCUAACGUCGUCGGCUGGAUUCUCUCCGAUGGCUGUCAAGAGCUGAAACACUUUGCCAUAAGCGGAAACAAAAUCAGUGGACACGUGGAUGUCUCUCCUUGCACAAGCCUCAAGUUCCUCGAUAUCUCCUCCAACAAUUUCUCCACUGUGAUUCCAUCUCUCGGUGCCUGCUCGUCUUUACAACAUCUCGACAUCUCCGGGAACAAACUAACCGGCGACUUCUCCACUGCUAUCUCCUCAUGCAUAAACCUCAAGUCUUUAAACAUCUCAGGAAACUCAUUCUCCGGACCUAUAACCACACUACCCCUCAAAAACCUACAGUAUCUCUCUCUAGCUGAGAACAAAUUCUCCGGAGAGAUCCCGGAGAUUCUCUCCGGCGCGUGUAACACACUCACCGCGCUUGAUCUCUCCGGAAACGAAUUUUACGGUACGGUUCCUCCUUUCUUCGGUUCAUGCUCUCUUCUUGAGUCAUUCCUUUUAUCCACCAACAAAUUCUCCGGGGAGUUACCGAUGAAUACUUUAUUAAAGAUGAGAGGUCUUAAAAUUCUUGAUCUCUCUUUCAACGAGUUCUCGGGAGAGAUACCAGAGUCUCUAACCAACCUCUCAGCUUCUCUGCUUACGUUAGAUCUCAGCUCCAACAACUUAACCGGUCCCAUUCUCCCGAGCCUCUGCAGUACCAACGGUGAAAAAAACACACUCCAAGAGCUUUACCUUCAGAACAAUGCCUUCACUGGGAAGAUCCCCGCGACGUUAAGUAACUGCUCGGAGCUUGUUUCGCUUCACCUGAGCUUUAACUACCUCUCGGGGACGAUCCCGUCGAGUCUUGGCUCUCUUUCGAAGCUACGAGAUUUGAAGCUUUGGAUGAAUAUGCUUGAAGGAGAGAUACCUCAAGAGCUUAUGUUUGUUAAUACGUUGGAGACUUUGAUUCUUGACUUCAACGUCUUAACCGGAGAAAUCCCUUCCGGUUUAAGUAACUGUACGAAUUUAAACUGGAUUUCUCUUUCGAAUAACCGGUUAACCGGUCGGAUUCCGAGGUGGAUCGGGCGGUUAGAGAAUCUCGCUAUCUUGAAGCUGAGUAACAAUUCUUUCUAUGGUGAAAUCCCAGCUGAGCUUGGAGAUUGCAGGAGCCUAAUCUGGCUUGAUCUCAAUACUAAUAACUUCAACGGUACGAUUCCGAAGGAGAUGUUUAAACAGUCAGGGAAAAUAGCUGCGAAUUUUAUAGCCGGGAAGAGGUAUGUUUAUAUUAAAAACGAUGGGAUGAAUAAACAGUGUCACGGAGCUGGUAACUUGCUUGAGUUUCAAGGAAUCAGACCGGAGCAGCUUAACCGGGUUUCGACGAGGAAUCCGUGUAAUUUCACGAGGGUUUAUGGUGGUCAUACUCAGCCUACGUUUGAUAAUAACGGCUCGAUGAUGUUCCUAGACAUGUCUUAUAACAUGUUGUCUGGUUACAUACCGAAGGAGAUUGGUUCGAUGGCGUAUUUGUUUAUUCUCAACUUGGGGCAUAAUAUUAUCUCUGGCUCUAUCCCUGACGAGGUUGGUGAUUUGAGAGGGUUGAAUAUUCUUGAUCUUUCGAGUAAUAAGCUUGAUGGGAGGAUACCUCAGGCGAUGUCGGCACUUACUAUGCUUACGGAGAUUGAUUUGUCGAAUAAUUUGUUAUCCGGGCCGAUUCCUGCGAUGGGUCAGUUCGAGACUUUCCCGCCUGUGAAGUUUUUGAAUAACUCUGGUCUCUGCGGGUAUCCGCUUCCGCGGUGUGGCGAAGCAAACGCUGACGCGUUUGCUCGCCGUUCCAACGGAAGGAAACAGCCGUCUCUUGCGGGGAGUGUGGCGAUGGGUUUGUUGUUCUCUUUUGUAUGUAUAUGUGGGUUGAUUCUUUUGGGUAGGGAGAUGAGGAGGAGGAGGAGGAUGAGAGAGGCGGCGGAACUGGAUAUGUAUGAGGAAGGGGGUGGGAACUCUGGUGAUAGAACCGUGGAUUGGAAGAAGACUGGUGCUAAAGAAGCAUUGAGUAUUAGUCUUGCAGCGUUUGAGAAGCCGUUGCGGAAACUCACAUUUGCGGAUCUUCUCAAGGCUACAAACGGGUUCCAUGAGGACAGUAUGAUUGGUUCCGGUGGGUUCGGAGAUGUUUACAAAGCGGUUUUGAAAGAUGGAACCGCGGUGGCUAUCAAGAAACUGAUCCAGAUUAGUGGUCAAGGGGAUAGAGAGUUCAUGGCGGAGAUGGAAACAAUCGGGAAGAUCAAACACCGGAACCUUGUUCCGCUUCUUGGUUACUGUAAAGUCGGGGAAGAGCGGCUUCUUGUGUACGAGUUCAUGAAAUAUGGGAGCUUAGAAGAUGUAUUACACGACCCGAAGAAAGCUGGUCCGAAACUAAACUGGUUCGCGCGUCAGAAAAUAGCUAUUGGAGCAGCUAGAGGACUCGCCUUUCUUCACCAUAACUGCAAUCCUCAUAUUAUCCACAGAGACAUGAAAUCUAGUAAUGUGUUGUUGGAUGAAAACUUGGAGGCAAGGGUUUCAGAUUUUGGCAUGGCGCGGCUGAUGAGCGCGAUGGACACGCAUUUAAGUGUCAGUACAUUAGCCGGUACACCAGGCUAUGUUCCUCCCGAGUAUUACCAAAGUUUCAGGUGUUCAGCAAAAGGAGAUGUUUAUAGUUACGGUGUGGUCUUGCUCGAGCUGCUUACGGGUAAACGGCCAACCGAUUCGCCGGAUUUUGGAGAUAAUAACCUUGUUGGGUGGGUGAGACAGCAUGCUAAACUGCGGAUAAGCGAUGUGUUUGAUCCCGAGCUUAUGAAGGAAGAUCCAGCUAGAGAGAUUGAACUAUUACAACACUUGAAAAUUGCGGUUGCGUGUUUGGAUGAUCGGGCUUGGAGGAGACCGACCAUGUUAAAAGUCAUGGCAAUGUUUAAAGAGAUACAAACGGGUUCGGGGCUAGAUUCUCAGUCGACCAUUGGAUCAAUAGAGAUGGUCGAUAUGAGUAUUGAAGAAGUUCCUGAAGGAAAAUUAUGAAAGUUUAGAAACAGAGCCAAAGCGUAUUCUUGGAACAUCAAUCAUCCAAGGGCCAGUCCAAUUUUCCUUUGGUCUAUUUUUUGUAUUUUUCUACUGUAUUCUAAAUGUAUGUAUUUAUGUUGUUUUUAUACAGGAGAGAAAAGAGUAAUAACUUUGUUAAGAAUAUGUAAAUAUGCAAUUUUAUUUUUCCUUUUGGAAUUUGUAACUUUUUGCGCUAUGAAAAUUUCUAUCUUCUCCGGAC